AUGAGUGGCUCAGGAGGAUAUUACAAAUACCGUUGCAAAUAUUUCUUCACACAUAAUUGCCCACAUUGGGUUUGGGCAGAUGGCCGUGAUUCAGCAGAGGCCAUCAUGCCUAGCCCAUUUCGAUUGUCACGCGAAGUCUACGUGCCUCAAUUCGAAAAUGGAGCGCUCCAAUACAUCAUGUUCGAGAUAAUCUCGAACAGUGAGACUGAUAGUGGAUGGACGAUUAAGGAACAACCAAAACAAGGAUUUCCCACAGCGACUGGCCCAUCCGCAGCGCAAACCAUUACUGCGUUUGAAGGCCUGGAUAGCCAGAAGAAAAAUAAAAUCAGGACUGUGGCUCCAACGAAUACGACCGGCUGGGGUCGGAUCAACUUUGAGUAG